UAGUUUAUCAUUAUCCCAACCAAACUCUAAUCAUACCCCCACCCACGCAAAAAAUCCCGAUACAAAUACCGCCCAGGAAAUAAGAUAGCCCCGGAAGAAAGAGAAACCAAAAGCUACUCCUCCGUCCGUCCGCCCGCCCGGCUGUCUGUCUGAUACCACUGCACACCACAGGGCGGCUGGCCUGCCUCAGCUAGGUAGCCAGACAUCUAGGUAGCUGCUGCUUCUUCUUCUUCUUCGCUGAUGCAGGGCGAGUAUCGCUCUUCCAGCGAGGACUCGGCGGGGUCUGCUGCUUCUGCUGCUGCUGCUGCUGCGGCGGCCAUGGCGCCUCUGGCGGCUGCUGCUGCGGCGGUGUCAGCCAAGGAGGAGCAGGUGACCGUGGCUGUGGCGCCGCCGCCCUUGUUGCCUCUGCAUCACCAUCACCACCACCAGCAGCAGCAGCAGCAGAUGCAGGGGCAGAAGCGGCAGUACCGCGGCGUGCGGAUGCGCAAGUGGGGGAAAUGGGUGGCGGAGAUCCGGGAGCCGCACAAGCGGACGCGCAUCUGGCUCGGCUCCUACGCGACGCCCGUGGCGGCGGCGCGCGCCUACGACACGGCCGUCUUCUACCUCCGCGGCAGGUCGGCAAGGCUCAACUUCCCCGACGAGAUCUCCGGGCUGGCGCCGCUCUCGUCCUCGUCACCGGCGCCGUCCGACGAGGCCGAUGGCGCGCUGUCCGCGGCGUCGAUCCGGAAGAAGGCCAUCGAGGUCGGGUCGCGCGUGGACGCGCUCCAGACCGGCAUGAUGCCCGUCCCCGCCGCGUCCGUGCCGCAGCCGACGCCGCCCGCCGCGGCGCACCACCGCGAGCGCCCGCUGAAGCCGCGCACGCACUCGCAGGAGGAGGAGUUGCUGGAGCAGCAGCAGCAGCAGAAGCUGCAGCGGACGGCGUGGAACGGGCGGGCCAAGAACCCGGAUCUCAACCAGGCGCCCAGCCCGGAAAGCUCCGACGCCGAGUGAAGAAGCCGCCGGCCUCAGCAAGCUGCUAGCGUCUUCCACUACUCCACAGCCAGAGAGCAAAAGACGAUGCAGUCAGUCAACUCGAUUCUCCAAACGAAUUACAGCGUAUGAUCAUCAGCACAAGCAACUCGAUCCCACCCGCCUAGCUACUACCUAUUCCUCCAUCUCCGGCUCUCCUCCGCUGCUGCUGCGGCGGCGGCGGCGACGGGCCGGCGGUGGGGCAAAGUGCUUAAUUGGUCGGUGGCGAGAUUUUUUUUCGAUACGUUCUGGAUAAGAACAAGGGAGGGAGAGGAGAGACGGGGGACGCCACAAGUGGCGGUCUUUCCAAAUGUCAAAAAAGACAGCUGUAACAGUGAUAAAAAAAACAAGUCGUCUCGUCGCCAUCUCUUUCUUUUUCUCUCUUCCUUCUUGUUAUCGAGUAGAUAAGCAAAGCAGGGAGCUUGAUUAGCAGUACAACAGACGGCUUAAUUAAUCCUCCCAA